AUGGAGAGGGCCAGGGCUGAUCGUUGGGCCCGCACUUUUGUCCAGCUGAUGGCUGAGAGGAAGCCCCGGGAUGUCUGGGCUCUGCUUCCUCAGGAGAGCCUGGUUGCAGGGUGCCUGGAUGGUGAUGGUCUCCAGUACCGGCUGAAGGGCCUCUCCAGACUUAAGUGCAGCCACUGCCCGUGGGCCUGGUCUUCAGCCCAUGUGCUCAUCCUUUUUCACCUGUGGUGGGACCAGGACAGCCGCCGGGGGCUGGUGAAGAUGCGUGUCUGGGGCCAGCAGUGUCGCCUGUGUCCCUCAUCCCAUGGAGACUGUGAGGUGAGUCCCCUCAAUGUCCAUAUCUUUCUCAGCAAGCUGGUCCUCUACAUACUUCGGAGAUGCUAUGGGGACAGCCUCAGCCCAGGCCAAUGCCCUAAGAUCUGCUUUGGGCACUGCUGUGAAGCCUGUGAUCUGGGGAUCUGCUUCCUCCAGCAGUCCGCAGACCCCGCCUCGGGGAUGGUGGCCAGAAGCCCUGAUGCUGUGGAAGGCAGCCACCUCCCUCUAGCCACCUUCGGCAGCAACAGCUCUGUCCCCGGGGGCACAGCACCGCCCAUCCUCAGCAGCAGCUCCACAGCCAAGUGCACCAGGGGCCAUGACUCCAACCUAGUCACGAUCUCCCUCUCUGUGUGUGAGUUCAUUGAGAGCCCCCUCUCUGAGAGCCACAACUUCCUCAGUGAGGGCGACAGCAUUGUUACUAUCCCUUUCUCCCUUGUGGACAUGAACAUGGUCAAGGGGCCCAUUGCUGAUGGCUGUGCCUCCCUGGGGGGCAGCUCCCUUGGGCCCCAAUUCUUUGGCAAGGGCUCCAUCCACCUAUCUGGGACAGCCACGGCCAAACCCAAGGGCAAAGGCAUCCUGGUGAACAUCAGAGACCCCAUCUUCCAGGGAAAAGGUCUUCUCCGUGACGUCAAGAAAACCUUUGAGCUCCAAGGCUUCCUCUUCAAGGCCCGGGGGGCCUCAUCUAGCCCUGUUGGGGUGGCCAAAGGUCAAGGUCCUAUCUCCUGUAGCAGCAGCCUCAGGGGUCUAUGGAGAGCCCCACUGACAGGGCCGUACAUUGUUGGCCUCAGGCCUGAUGGGGAGGGCUCCCUCACCUUCUCCCUAUCCCUCGCCAGGGCUAUUGGAGGCAAGGAUGCCUUUGCCAGCCUCACUGAGGACAAAGGGAAGGAAGGUGGCCUCCAGGGCCUUGCUGCCCAUGGAAACAGCACCCUCCCAGAGGUUGAUGCUGACAGCUCCACUUCCAAUGAGGACGCAGUCACAUUCCCCUUCACUUUCACUGAGGAUGAGGACAGCUUUGCUGAUGCUGUGGAAGUCAACAUGAAGGAAGGUGGCUAUCAGGGCUUUUUCACCACUAGUCCCGAGCACUGUUCAAAGGCCAGUGUCAGUGGCCUCACUUUUGGGGAUAAGGGCUCCCUGGCCACCUCCUCCUCUCCUGGUGCCAUUAAAGACAGAGACUCUUCUAGUGAUAUUGACAAAGACAGAGAAAGGAAAGAUGGUGGCCAAGGAACUACCAGCCAGGAGCCCUGCCCACAGGCAAGUGUGGAUGGCUCCGUCUGCAUCAGUGAGGGCUCCAUCACCAUCCCCUUCUCAAUCUUUGACAUCAUAAUUCGAAAGAGCCCCAGUUGCAGUGCCAAUGAGUCCCAAAGCAAUGGUUUUGUGACCUAUGGCUAUUACAAGAAGUGGUGGCCAAGGUCCAGGUUUGGUAAGUCCAAGUGUGGGUGCUGCCAAGAGGAGGACUUUUGUUCUGGUCACACCUGCCGAAGGCCACGAGCUGAGCCCUACGAAGACCUCUGGAUCUGGGUGUCUGUGAGCGUUUGCAUCUUCUGGUUGAUGUGCAUGUGCAGACUGGAGGCUAGCAUCUUCCCUCAGCAAGCCUGA